AUGACGUGGAUAAUGGAGCUUACAGCAUCCCCAUCAUCUCUUACUAUCCAUCCUCAUUCUUCUUUCUUUCUUUCCUUCCUCUUUUCUCCUGCAUCGCUCUCUUUCGUAGGAGAUAUAGCACCCUUCCCUCCCUCCUCUCUUCCCUCACCCCUCUCCCUCUAUCCCUCCCCCAUUCCCGAUGCCUUCUCUCCUCCUUUGCUCCCCUCAGAGCUAGAUGAGCUCAAAAAGUUGAAGCACAAGAAGUUCAAAAACGACAACGAAGGCUCGGAGAAGAAGAUUAGCAAGAAAAAGAGAAAAGCUUCUGAUGAGUACAGGAACGACACCAUCUUCGAUGUGGUGGCGAGGGCGAACGGUUUUGCUUUGAAGAAGCUGAAACUAAGGAAGCAUGAUGAGGAUGAGGAGGUGAUCGCAAGUAGAGAGGAUGAGGAUGCUGCGAAUCCGAAUGCAAUGUCCAAAUUUAGGAUAUCGAAGGUCCUAAGAGAGAAGUUGAAGUCCAAGGGAAUUGAGUCGCUGUUUCCUAUUCAAGCGAUGACAUACGAUUCCAUACUUGAUGGGUCUGAUUUGGUCGACCGAUAUAAAGAAGCUAGAAAAACUGGUUGUGGAAGGCCUCUGAGUGUAUUGGUGCUUCUGCCAACUAGAGAGCUUGUGAAUCAGGAUCAUAUAGAGAGAGGAACUCUUGAUCUAAAAUUUUUGAAAUUUCGCAUCCUUGAUGAAGCGGAUGAAAUGUUGAAUAAGGGUUUUGUUGAUGAUGUUGAACUAAUUCUUGGUAAGGUUGAGGAUGUUCACCUCUCUCUACUUUUUCUUAUCUUUCAACCCUUCGCUCAUCCACCAGUAGCAGGGGAGCACCGUCGGAAUGGCAUCAAACAUGAGAACUAUGUGCCAGAUGAAAUCGACCAGGGGGAUGAUGGAGGCUAUGGCAUCGACAGCAUAGGAGGGGGUAGGAAAGCAGUACUUGAAGGUGGCGAAGAUGAUAAUGGCGAUCGUGCCAUCGAUGAGAAUGCUGAUGCCCUGCAUGGCAAAGACAGCGGUGAUGAAGGCCCUGCAGGUCUUCUUGCUGGCAUACUUAGAGAGUUUGCAAGAGAAAAAAGGGGAUGA